GGUAUCUGCGACAACCUUACAAAACAAGUCAACAGUUCCACCACACCUUGGUGGUGAAGAAUGAUCUCAAAGUGAAUCUUAGUGCUAUGCGUAAAUCAUGGAUUUCUUCAAAAACUACCUAGUAGCCACUCUCGUAGCGGCAUGUUUGUUCAUCUACCAGGCUGAGGCCCAAUGCGUCGUGCCCUUCGUGAUCCGGGGGUCGUGGUUCAGCUUCGAGAAGGGCACCAACACCAUCACGGACAUCGACAUCUCGUCCAUGUCUCGCCACGGCAACUGCGUCGCCCUCAAGGUUCACCGUCACGACGUCAAGUCGCUGCUCUUCAAGACGGACAGUUGCUACUACUGCGUCGAGUUCCACAUCAGGACGGUGAACGUCCUGCAGAAGACGUCCACCGGAUGUGUCACCUUCAAAGCUGGUAAAACGCCGGCGUUGGAAGAAGUCUGCAACGAGAUAGAUCACAACCAGGCCCUGGUGACGAUGUUCAACGAAAAUUACGUCCCGAAGAACUGCCGUUCAGCCAUCGAAGGUGUCUGGCACUUCGCCUACCAGAACCGUUUCAGUUUCACCGGUGAAUGCAAUCAUCAGGAGGCUAAAAUCACGUCUUGCCAAGAGCCUGGCAAUCAGUUCCUCAUCGCUAACCAGAAGUUUAACAUCACUUUCAAGAAGUGCGAGGGAAUUAAGGAAUCAUUUGAAGGAGUGAGGGAGUUCUCCUGCCUGGGCGACUGGUUCGACGGGAAGAACCACUACUUCGCCGUGGCCAACACGAAGGAGUCCCGAAAGGACGAGAAGUACCGUUGCUUCGUCAGGAAUCGUGACGACGACCUCUACAUGGGGCAUUCCAUCACGCCCGAUUGCUCCGUCCUGAAGACUCCCGAAAACAGUCCCUUCAGGUUCAGAAUGACGUCUGUGAAACAAGAGACGGUCAACCCGGGUUGCCUCCUGCCGAAGAACUUCAGCGGAGAUUGGGUCAACACGGCCCACACGGAGGCCGACGUCUUCAUCAACCAGACCCACAUCAUCGAGACCACCUACCCCGACGUCGGUCGAUUCAGGAGGACCAUUUACGUCUGUCGCGAACAGCGGGACAAUCGAUACCUGAUGGCUCGACUCAACAUCGACGGUUGCCAGAAGGAUUACGUGUGCUUCGAAUUCGUGCCUCGCCACCACAGCAUCAUCCGGUUCCGAAAAGGGCUCGAGAUGAUCCGCGAGGACUUCGCAACCGUCUGCUCCUGGAUCCAGUUCAAGAGCGGCCGCGAGUGGAACUACGACCUCAUGUUGGCCAAGGAUCCUGUGCCUGUGAAAUGUCCCGUUGCUGGAAAAUUCAAUUUCACCCAGAAGGGAGAGCUGCAAUUUGAGACGAAGAUCAUCGAUGGUGUCACCAAGACCCCCUGGGACAGCAUCUACUGCAGGGAGAACAUCUCGGACUUCUCCGUCUGCGACCAGGACCAGAAGGAGAUCUGGAUCGACGCCCACUACUGUAUCAGCGUCGACGCCUAUGGCAGACAUAUCGAUAUUUACACCGAUCCCGAUUACAAGCUCAAAUGCAUAGGAUACUGGAAGGAGAAUUUACGGUCGUACCUCAUCACAUACAACGAACUUGACCCCUAUUCGAAGUACAGGUGUUGGGUGUACCAACGGGCCGAUCUGAAUAAAAUCUUGAUGUCACAAAGUGUCGGUCCCUUCUGCAAUAUGCACCAGACUGUGCAUGGAGAUGGCCCUGGGUCCGCCGUGUCCAUAAGGAUGGUCGAAUACGAGAGAGAACACGACAGGUGCCCUAUGCACUUCGAUGACGGCGCCAAUCCUUGGAAGAUGGCCGGCGGCGACCUCCACGUCUUCAGGUUCACUUCGGGACUGGAGGCGUUCCAGGCAUCGAUUGCCAUCACCUUCUUCAGCUGUUUAGUCACGCUGCUUCUUGUGAGAAGGCGAUAGCGACUGCUUUCGAAGUCACAAGUGUGCGAGUGAUCAUGAGUGUGUGUUUCUCGGCUGGGAGAACCACGGUCUAGGUAGCCUAUAUACCUAGCCCGUGGGGAGAACAUUCUCGUGGAUUUUAGACUUCCAAGCGCAAAUUUGGUCCAUUCCAUUUCUAAGGAGACAUCGCAGAAUGACUGGGGAAGCUCUGGGUAGGACAGAAUUCAUGCAAGUCAUUCAGAAUGUAUCUCGUCAGCACCCCAUGAGGUCACCAACAAAAAAUGGACAUUAUUGAUUGCAGUAAUUCUCUCUUGAGCAGCACUUUUUAAAUCUAUAAACUCUGACUGGGAAUAUUUAGCCAGUAUCUUAACUCAGACACAUCCGGUCCUAGCUCGCUGUCUGUGUAGUUUUUCGUUCAAAAGAACAAUCGAUUAUACAUUUUCUGAUUUUCAUUCUUAAUAUCUAACGGAUGGCUCAAGUUCAUCAUAGUCCAAAUAAGUGUUAUUUCUGACUUGUGCAGUUUAAAAGAUCUACUGGAGUCCAAGACUAACCAAUUUUGUUAGGCAUGGUCUGUGCCUUUUUAAAUACUUAAAAAUAAUGUCUAAGUAUAAAGAAUAGAUUCAGAGUGAAGAAGGAAUUUCAUACAAAAUGCUGGGAAUUACAGGUCUUUCUUCAUUGCCAGCGGUACGAGAGAUGAAGGGUAUCUGGUACAGUUCGUUAAAAAAAAAAAAAAAAAAAAAAAAAGGAACUCGUACAUUACACAGUAUUAGAGUUGCUAAGAUGUUUAGGAAAUCUCGCUUAGUUUCAAAGUCACGUUUCUUCGAAAUGUUCAGAAAAAUUCUAGAGCCUUUUGCUGUCUUUGCUCAUAAAUAACCUUUCAUGCAUUGAUUUCGUGUUUUCAGUUCAAUGACGUUCGCGUGCGAUAUAUAAGCAGCCUACUGCCAGUAUUUCUUACUUUACUGUGUAGUAUGCCAGCGCAAAGAAAACAUGAGCGAUACCAUUUGAAAACACGAGGUCUUGUAAACCUUAAAUAUAUCCGUCCUUUCGCGUUGUGAUACAGCAAUAAAGUAAUCUAUCCAAUAAGUCCGUCCAGUUACAGUGGUUGUAGUUUUUAACAAGCGCCAUACGCCGUAGGAUUUCACAAAUGCUGCUACGUAGUCUGCCAAUUAAAGUAAGCAUCUUUUACGAGCGUACGACAGAAUUGUCCUACGGGUUACAGAAAAUCAGCAGUUUUUUUCUUCUUUUCUUUUACAAAAAUCUGUGGUACGUCAUUGGUAUGAGUGUGAAUAUGAAAGCAUAUUUUGUAUAUAAGUAAUUCUACGUAUGAUAGUUUAGGAUUAUUAUUGAUUAUUUUUAGAUGGUUCACCAUUCUCGUAUUGUGUACCUUCGUAUGAUAAGGACUUUAUAGUAUAAUUUAUAAGAUCGACACUGCAGUGAAAUAUUCCCCUUGGAUUAACUUAAUGUUAUCCUAUUUUUACAAAGUUUGAUCAACACCAUUAUUAACGUCACAUCUCUCACCAAAGAAGUCAGAGGUUACUGUUGUUUUACAUAACUUUGUCUAUUUACUGUCAUAGUUUUCCUUGGGUGUGUAAAAAAGGUGUAAAAUGAUAGCUUUCAGAACAUCGUAAAGUCUCAUCUAAUUAUGGAAGCUUUUAGCUUCAGAAAUGACUUAGAACACAUCAUUGCUUUCAAAAAUAUUUUAUUAUUUAUUCAAUAUUUUCUCAAGUGUGACAAGACUGGCAUAGAUUACCUGGCCUGUGUGUUAGGUUAGGCUAGGUUAGACUAAGACGACCCCCGUGACAGGAUAGAUCCUUGUGACGGGUACUACGCGUUAUGUUACCUUGAACCAGGAAAAACUGAGCAAUAAAGAUAAUGAACACACAAGUACAAACGACUGAUAUAAUUACAGAUGUAUCGGAUAUAGUGCUUUAGAGUGUGCCAAAUAGUGUACAUCCCACUGUAGAUAGAGAGAGACAGAGAUCUCAUGGGGCUACUUUGGCUUAUCUAUAGUGUCACUUACUCCGUGGUGUUAGUACUAGACAUGGCUGAAGUUCCUUGGGACGCCGUGUUUAGUACUAACCCUUCGGUGAUCAAAGGAUCAUUACGCCCAUUUCUGUAUUGCGUGGUCGGCAAAUUAUACAUUACUAAACGAUAUCUUUACGCAGCCCUCUACUUUGCAUUCACCAUAUUUAGUACUAGCUAGCACCUUGUAGUAGGUGACGCGUAGAUAACAAACCAAAGUAGCACCGAUCUCGUAGGUAUAAUAAAUUGGUACUACAGAAGUUGUAGCUGAAAUAUAGAGCUUAAAUUUAGGUCACAGGCAGUUGUUACUAACACACGAGCACAAACCUGCAUAAAUUUGCAUAUAUUCACACUGAACGAGAUUUGACAUAAAUCAGAGCGACUAGGAAAUAUGGCACGCGUUUUAGUGCUUUAUUCUCAAUAAACAGCCAUUAAUUAACUUUUGUCUCACACUGUCGGAUUGUUAAGCUGUAAGAUGAUUGCACCUCAGAUUGUCAAGUAGAGCUCUAUCAAGUUUAUGAAAUACAAUCUCGUAAGCAGCUUCAGUCCACCGCGUCGCCUUCGAAGUUCGUUCAAUUCAGUCUUAGGAAUAUAGUUCCUGUUUCUCAUUUCUUUUACUCAAAAAAUCUCUCCACCCUUUGAUUGAGAUCCACUUUCGACUCCCUUUUUUUCCUCUCCGUCGGAUCUGGGGAAGGUGUGUGGUCUAGGUUGCUCGUUAGUUAACUAACCUCACCUUGAGUGAGGUUAACGUUCUGAAUUCGUGUGAAUUUACAGAACGAGAAAUAAAAAAAAGUUUGAUGAUGGAAAUCGUCAGUAUUCCUUCUAAAUGUUUUUCGUUUGCAUUUUCCUAGGAUGUGUGUGUAUAUUCAUUGGUAUUUCAUCCCCAUACAUGUAGAAUAAUGUAUACUGAUAUUCAUUUGUUAAUUUGUUUAGUUUUAUGGUACAGCCCUCUACGUAUGAUUCCCUCUCUGGCGGGCCCUUGUACGUUUUCUAAAAAAGUUGCUUUUUAUAUUUUAUAAUCGUUUGUUUAGUGUUUUCCCAUCAGGAUCGUAGCUCCUGCAGAAUAGGAGAGUUUUAGUUAUUUUUUUUUUAAUUUUCUUUCUUCUUGUAUGAUCUUCACUUCCGGCGGUAUUUUGUUGUAUAAUAGUCUUGUUGCGCAAUGUUCAGUGUAGUAUGUUAAAUAACAAAGUUCAUGAUAACACCAGUAUUAAUCAACAUCAUACUCUAAUUGUUGUCUCAUACAGACUGUAUGUAUAAUUCAACAUUCAGAUGAAAUUAUGGGUCCCCAUGUUGUUGGCACAUCUGUAGACAGGAUAUUUGUUUAUGCUUGUGACUGCGACGUUGUUUUGUGUCAAUAAACUUACAAGCUCGUAUCUGGAAUGGUCGAAGUAACAUUUGCAUUGAUAACGGUAAUGGAAAUCAUUUAAUGGCUCAGCAUUUUACAUUUUCCAUAAUGAGCUUUUGAUUCAAGAGUGAACAACGACAUUGGUAAGGAAAUUUAGUCAGUGUGUUAUGAGGGGGAACUGGUGGAGGUUCAUUUAAAAGCCUAAGUCCAGUUUAGCUCAUUAAGUGUCUUGUAUUAAUGGCAAUUCACGAGCAAUGUAGUAUUAAUUCUUUCUUCUGUUUAACUGUAUCAGCUUUAGAAUUGUCUUAAAAAAGAGCCUUGUGUUUCUUUUUUUGGCUCAUUUGUAUUCCAUUAAAGUGAAAUAAACCAUAUGUUUUUU